AUGGAUAGCAUCAUGUCUGGUGCUUCUGUCGACGAACGAGCAGAGAGCCAGGCGACGUGCGCUAGGGCUAUAGCGUUCGCGAGCGCUGAGGACAGGGAGGCAGCAGAAGGGGGGGACACGGAAGGGAGACAGAAGGAGCAUGCUCAAAGGAGGGGACGUACCCACUUUGCUCUUCGAGAAGAAAGGCAGCCCGAUGCUGAUCAAUCCCUCGCAGCCUGUGAGGAGCCCGUCGAGCACCAAAUAGGCAAUGGCUCCGGAAUGGAGUCGAGGUGGAUCCGCAUGCAGGACAACAAGAAAAAGGGAGGCGUCCAAGGGGACUGCUGCUCUGCCUGCUGCGAUAGGCCCCUUCUUGCGGGUUGA